AGAGGAUUUGUGGUGUUCGGAACUGACGGUAUCGGGGCGGGCCUUCCACUGCCUGUCCCCCUGACGGGCUGGGACUAGACGGCAGAGAAUCCGAGGGAGGUGGUUCGGAUCUGCGAUUGAAUGGUAGAAUAAAGAAGUUUAUGACCGGUUUUCUUUCUCUUCCAACUUGGGCCUAAAGUUUCCUUGCCCCACCCGAACCCAUCUCCUCGCUGCUGGUGAAAUGUGCGCGCCGCCGAGACCUUCGGCGCUAAGCUGUGUCGUCACCGUGAGGGCGGGACUUCCUCUCCGGGACCCUAUUACUUCCGAGGUCUUCCGGAAGUUGCUGGUUUGCUUAGUACCGGGCGGUUUACUCUGCGUUGCCGGGCUCCCACCGUAGGCAACUCCGGGACACCGCCACCGCGCCACCCCCAAAGUGCACGUCGGGAAUCCCGUCGCCCUCGGCUCCCGUCUCUGGCGCGGUCGCCCGCCUUGUUUCCCUGCCGAGCUUUCCCGCUGCGCACGGGGCUGAGUGCCACCCAUGGCGGGGGCCGCUCGGACCCCGGCCUUUGGACAGGCUGUGAUCGGCCCGCCGGGCUCGGGGAAGACCACCUACUGCCUGGGCAUGAGCGAGUUCCUGCGCGCGAUGGGCCGGCGCGUGGCGGUGGUGAACUUGGACCCGGCCAACGAGGGGCUGCCGUACGAGUGCGCCGUGGACGUGAGCGAGCUGGUGGGUUUGGGCGACGUGAUGGACGCGCUGCGGCUGGGGCCCAACGGCGGCCUGCUGUACUGCAUGGAGUACCUGGAGGCCAAUCUGGACUGGCUGCGUGCCAAGCUUGACCCCCUCCGCGGCCAUUACUUCCUCUUCGACUGCCCAGGCCAAGUGGAACUCUGCACGCACCAUGGCUCCUUGCGCAGCAUCUUCUCCCAGAUGGCUCAGUGGGACCUCAGGCUGACUGCUGUCCACCUGGUAGAUUCUCACUACUGCACAGACCCUGCCAAGUUCAUUUCAGUACUGUGCACCUCCCUGGCCACUAUGCUGCAUGUAGAGCUGCCCCACGUCAACCUCCUCUCCAAGAUGGACCUCAUUGAGCACUAUGGGAAGCUAGCCUUCAACCUGGACUACUACACAGAGGUCCUGGACCUCUCCUACUUGCUUGACCACCUGGCUUCUGAUCCUUUCUUCCGCCACUAUCGUCAGCUCAAUGAGAAGUUGGUGCAGCUUAUUGAAGACUACAGCCUGGUCUCCUUCAUUCCUCUCAACAUCCAGGACAAGGAGAGUGUCCAGCGGGUUCUGCAGGCUGUGGAUAAAGCCAACGGCUACUGCUUCGGGGUCCAAGAGCAGCGAAGCCUGGAGGCCAUGAUGUCUGCUGCAAUGGGAGCUGAUUUCCACUUCUCCUCCACUCUGGGAAUCCAGGAGAAAUACCUGGCACCCUCAGACCAGUCAGUGGAGCAAGAAGCCAUGGACCUGUAACAAGAGGCUGUGCUCUGGAGAACAAGUCAUGUAACCCAGUGCUGGGGAAAGCUGUAACCCCAGUGAACAGUGGACAGCUCAGCAGGCUGCAGACCCAAGAACAGUCCUCCCAGCCAGAGGGAAGGCUGAUGAAGAGACACCCAGCCCUGCAAAUGACUUCUGACCAAAGUCAGACAAGGUGCAAGCAGAGCACCCACCACACCCUCGGUGCGCAUGAGCUCUGGGCACUGCCACCAGGAAUUCAGCACUGGCUCCACUCAGACUAUUGUGGAAUGUGAAUACAAAAGUUUAUUUUCUCCUA